ACCAGAGACGCAAUAACACACGGUGUCGCAGAAAAUACGGUCCGAAAAUUGGACACGGAAGUACCGUCGAGAUCGUAUCGUGUGGAAAUCUGCGGCCGUCACUGCAUGACUGACGAGUCGGAAAGGUCUGGAGAGGCAGCCGGUAAGGGAGCUGACACUGCGCAAAUAACUGAGACUUUGAAGCUGAUGUGAAGAGAACUGCCGACCAGUUUUUUAGCAUUAGCAUCACGCCACGGUGAUCUUUACAGGUGCAUGCACCUAUAACCCUUUGGUUUGGAAUGCUGUUGUUUAAUGAUUGACUGCCCACAAAUGUGUUUUUAUCUGGUUGCGGUAACUUGUAAUAAGAGGUUAAAUUAUUCACUGAUGGUAUUGUAAAUGUACAUGAUAUAGCAUUAACUGUAUUUAUUAAUAUAAGGGCAUUGUUAGAUUAUAGGAUUUGACACUGGUGCUUUAUUUAAUCAAGCUAUCAUGAAAACUUUGCCUGUGUAAAUUAAUUUGUGUAUUUAAUAUGGGUUCUGUUUCUUUUCUAUUUAAAGGUUUUUUUACCUGACUGAAUGAACUGCUAAAAGUGCUAAGCUAAAAGGCUAGAAGUGCUAAGCUAACUGAACUAAGUGGCGUACUGAACUGAGUGGCUAACUGAACUGAGUGGCGUGCUGAACUGAACUGAACCUACCAAAAAUAAAAGGAGGAAAAAGAAAAAGUUGUUUGGUUUCUGAGUGGAAUCCAGUUGGGACCCUUCAGGUGGACUCGAUCCUUUUCAAGUGGGGAAAAUGCAGACGUUAAGGACUUAACUUAACAGUAAAAAACGGAUAACUUGACAGCUAUCAUACCAUCAGGUGGAGCAUACUCUGCAUGGAAUCCAAUAUGGCUGACCAUCUCACAGAAGUGUGCCGGUCAAGCAGUGGUUCACAACAUCAUCCAGCAUGUUGCAGUUACACAAGCUGUACCUGCAAUAGCCACAGCCCGUCUUCUUUGAAGAUAGACAAUCUGUCCAAGAACUCUGGGCUUGUGUUGUCGACCAUCUUUCUUCCAAAGGACAGGCUCUUCGUCAACACGGCUUGCAUGAAGUCCUCUUCCUCCGUGGCGAAAUUCUUCUGGAUGUUGCAGAGCAUGGCCUCCACCUGCAACCCGGCGACUACAACAUCCUCCACCGGCUCCCCGCUCACAGUCAAGCUGGCGCGGCCGUUCUCGAAGAACUCCUCGAUGGAGAGGUCCCCUUUGACAAGACGGGACAGCUGCAGGUGUUCCUGCUCGCCGAAGUGCUGGAUGAAGUUGUUGUAGAUGAUGACGGGGCCGGAGGAUUUGAAGAGAAGGCCGGUGAGCCACCGUUUGGCCUCGCGCUUUGCUUCGUUGGAGGGCCCGUUCAGUCUGAUCUGUGGUGUGGGAGCGCUGCCGCCAAGGAAGCCCUCUCUGUGCUCAACUGCUGGUGAAGACCAGUUCGCUGCUGAAAUUUAGUAUCACUAUAAAUAUUUCAUAAUUCCAGCAAGAUAUGCAUUCUUCUACGCUGUUGUUGUGUUUUUUUUUGUUUUUUUUUAAAACUGUAGCUGCCCUACAUUAGCUUUACCGGGUUUCUCCCUGGAUGUCACUGCAAGGACAUCGCACAUGUUAAGUGUUUCUUAAAUCAAAACUAGCGUUCUGCAGCGCUGCAAGAAAAGUAAUGGUCCCCUUUAAAAGUACAUGAAAUGAUGAAGUGAAAUGUGGUUGUUACCUUGUGCAGAACCGGGAUGAGAUGCCUUGUGCUUGAGAGAUCCCAUUUGCUCCUCAAAAGCCUAAAAAGAGAAGGCCAUUAAUGUACACUUCUAUCAGAUGACAUUUCCUGGAGUUAUUGAGCUGCAGCAUUGGCUGCAGAACUCAUGUCACCGGACAAACCCAGUGAACAGCUCUCAGCAGGUGUAGGUAGUGUCUCACACCACAUAUUCCACCUAACAGGUAUUACAUUGCAAGUUAUAUUCCUCUUAUGAUUACUGUCAAGGAAACCUUUAAUUUAGCCACCGGCUCCAGACACACAUGGCCAAUACGGCAACGUUAUUCUACGAUCAACAUCAGCAUUUUAGCAAAACAACCUUAAAUGUGUCGUUGUCCGAAGGAAAUAUGACGAAAUGAACGUCCAUCUUUGUUUUGGACUUCUGGUCGAAGUCUGCCACGGCCUGUGUCAUGAUGUGGGCGGAUUCCUUUUUGCUGAACCCGAGCCCACCGGUGCCGAUGGCAGGAAAGGCGAUUGACUUGUGCUUAUGUGCGGCUGCCUGCCACAAGCAUUCCAAUACAGAUUUAUAAAGAAUAUCUGAUGAAUUCCUCUGUGGACAGACAAAGAGACACAAUCAAGCUCCUAUUACAGUCCAUAGCAAACACUUUCUGUGUAGUAAUAUAUCUUUACAGUGUGUGCACAAUACAUCCGUGCUACUUGGAAGGUGUGCUCUCUCGAUCAAGAGGAACUAAUCUAACCAAAUGAACUCCUUGAUGGAAUAUGUUUUUCAGGUGUGACAUAUUCAGUCUACAUUUCAUUUAUUUAUUCAACUCUGAACUUGCUAUAUCGGCACUUCACUUAAAACAAGCAAUAACAGUUAAACUCAUACCGUACCUUCUCCGCUGCUCCUAUUCCCCUGUCAGGGCAAAGGGUAUGAAACACCUCUUUACAGUGCAGCAUGUAGGGUUUUGUGGUGAUGAGACAUUCUUUCAGAGGAGCCUCAAUAAUUUCUUCUUGCAUUUUUCUGCCGGCUUUCUUCAAUAACGCUUUGGAGACCACACCGCUGCUCAAGUCUCGCCCGGGUGACGUGGUGUUUACAAUGACAUCUGUCUGAGAGAAAACAGAGUUAGUGCACGAAAACGCAAAUAUGCAGCUGGUGACAUGUACUACGUUCAUACUGUGACGUUCAUUUUUUUUCUGUUUUUUUUUUUUCAUGUGAAUCUCACUACGGACUUAAGUGCAUGUUUGUGAAGAUAACCUAGUAAAAGCUUAGUGGUAAAUAUGAAAAAUACAUACAAUUAUACAGUUAUUGUAUAAAAUAAGUAAAUAAUUGUAUAUUGAAGAAACAUUACAGAUUAGUACCUGCUGUUCCUCGAUUUUACCCGUCUUCAGGGUCAGGAGGACGUUUCCAAGCUGGACGGGACCUGCUGAGGUUUUGGCUGCACCGCUGCUGUUGCCGUCGGGUAAUAUCUGACGGCAGGCCCGCACCAUUUCUGCCACCGUGGGCUCGUCGUUGUUCACAAGGAGGAUCUCUUUGGGGAGAUGUGCUGAAAAAAUAGCGUUUUCAUAGUAGCGUUUAACAGUUAUCACUAUGGUGGUCGCACACUCUGGCAGGGGGUAGUUGAACAGACCAGAGCUUAUGGCAGGAAUGGCAACGGACUGCAGCUGGUUUUCCUUAACUUUGUCAAGAAUGCUGCAGAUGACCUUCUCCAACAGCCACUGAGACCGACUAACAUCUGACAUAAAAGGAUAGCUUGGUAGGCAGGGGCCCACAGCAUGAAUAAUCUUCUUGCACGGUAGGGACCCGGCACCAAGGACAACCGCAUCCCCUGUUUUCAAGGGACCGUAGUUCGCAACGUAAUUGUCACUCUCUCUCUGGAUUUGUGAACCACCGGCGUCGGACAGAGCUUGAGCAAGGCCGCCACAAUGCUGAAGACCUUCGUUAGCAGCAUUCACGACAGCAUCUGCCUGGACAUUGGUGAGAUCAUCCCUCCACACGGACAACUGGACACCUCCAUGCAGAGUAGUGGCAAAUCUUUUCUCUGGCUUGACGGUUGGCCUCCUCUGCUGCGCAGCGCGCGGAUCUCUUUCGAAAUCCACACCGUCGAUGGUGGCCUCGCAUCCAAACUUGCUUUUAACGACGCCACUCAGAGCAGGGCCACAUUGUCUCACAAUGUUCAACGAAGUCCCACGAAGAGUAAUGUCUAAUUUACUGGCCAUGGUUCCUAAACAGAGCAAUGGGGGUAAAAAAUAAAAACUUGUGUGAGUAAAUCAUACAAUGACACCAGUGUGAAUCAAGACGAGAAAUAAGAAUUGAAUGAUUGACAAUGUCUUUACACGCUCAAUACAUAUGUUGAGCUGAAUAUGUAAUGAACAUAUCAUAUAUCAUGGACUCAAUUUCAUAAUCAUUUUGAUUAUUGCUUAAAUAUCUACACACUAUUGGUCUUUCAAUAAGAUUAUAAGACUCCAUUCAUAAAAACGAUCCCUGAUACACCAAGUCUAUAGCUCAUAUAUGAACAACUUAUCAUUUUAACAUUCAAUAUACAACUUAAUUCCAUACUAUUGGCAGAGUUAUCAGGUCUGAAAAAUCCUACUAUCUAUUGGAAAAUAACAGCUGAACUAGCGUCCAGUGAACCCACGAAGUAACAGAUAUAAGUGCUGUUUUCCUUUCACUCCAGCAGAGGGCGACAGAGACCAGUAUCCGACAAGAUUAUGCCAAUAAUCAUAAUCAAUCACCUGUAUCAAAAGGACACGAGCUGAGUGUGUUCCUAUCCCACAGAAGUACAUAAAGUACAGACUAAUAUACUGCUUGAAAAAACGUUAUGCUGUACUUCAUUGUAAAAUGUAAAAUUUGGGAACUGCACAAGACAAAUUAAAACAUUCAUUUAAUACUGUUUUUCUGAGAUGUUCCUGCAGUUGUCUCACGCGAGUUGUUGCUCAAUGAGUUAGCAUACUGACAUGUUACAGUAGCCGACUUCACAUUGACAGCUUCCUUAUGAACGCAUUUAGUUGCCAUUACUUUUGUUUUUGACUCGACAAAAAGGUUUAAUUGCCUUAACAUUAAUUAAGCCGCCAUUAUUAUUUGUUCGGUUGUUAUACAGUAAAACAGCGUGAGCUACCUGACACACGGUGUUCACGAGACAACAACACAAAUUCGCGCUAGUUUUAAGUCCUCGCAGUUAAAAGUCCACCAUGUAUUCCGACGCUUACGUUAAAUUCAGCUAAUUUAAACGAGUAAAGAACGUGUAUUGUGCAGAUGUGUUACGCUACUCACCAUCCGCGCUGGAAAGUACCGAGUAAAGCAGAAAGUGAAACGAAAGAAACAGGGCGCGGACCUCCCAGAACUCCCCCACGGAUGUUAGUCAAUCUUCUGUUUAACCCGACAUCUCUAUCACAUAACCCACUGGACAAUAUAACAGCAUACCCGCGUCCAGUCUUUAGUUGCAGCACUGUCUGCGUCAACGUUUCAUGGCCGCGCACUCGACAACGACGUCGAAAAACAAAAAGGUCUCCGUUUCAUUUCCUGAGAAACAAAAGCGAAAGUAAAGCCCGUGCAGAGUGUACCGGAGAGCCAGCGACGAUGGCGGACGCGUACUCGUAUGCUCUGCGCGUCGAGCUCGAAGAAAACAACACACCACGACUCAAAAACAAGUUAGUGAAGUACUUUCAGAGUAAGAAGUCGAACGGUGGUGACUGCGAAGUUGAGUAUGAAAACGGCGGCAGGACGGCGGUGCUGCGCUUCCGCAGCGAGGAGGACCAGCAACAUGUUUUGAAGAAAGAGUCGCAUCAGAUAAGUUUGGAUAAAGGCGUGUUGAAGAUGACGGUUCACUUACCAACAGAUGUGACAACAACUCAGGAAUCUCCAGCUGAUGAACUCAACAAGAAAUCGGAUGUUGCUGUGAUCAACAAGCAACCGAGCACCGACGACCACACACCUGCUGUCGAGGUUCAAACUAAGGCGCAAGGCGGAGCGGAUGAGACGGCAGGCGAAGAGCUGUGCUCCACUUCUGCUGUUUUAGGAAACAUUCCAGAGACGACAAACCAGGAGUUUUUGGAGAUGCUGGUGGAGAAGGUUUUAAAGGAUUCUCCAUCUGCCAGCCAAAGCGUCACCCUGGAAGUCAUUCCUGACAUCUACUCUGCAGUGGUGACUUUUAAGAGUGAAAAAGCGGAUGUUGCUGUGAUCAACAAGCAACCGAGCACCGACGACCACACACCUGCAGUCGAGGUUCAAACUAAGGCGCAAGGCGGAGCGGAUGAGACGGCAGGCGAAGAGCUGUGCUCCACUUCUGCUGUUUUAGGAAACAUUCCAGAGACGACAAACCAGGAGUUUUUGGAGAUGCUGGUGGAGAACGUUUUAAAGGAUUCUCCAUCUGCCAGCCAAAGUGUCACCCUGGAAGUCAUUCCUGACAUCUACUCUGCAGUGGUGACUUUUAAGAGUGAAAAAGAAAACACUGAUUUCGUGACAAGAUGCCCCCAAAACAGGACGUUCACGAAAAAGGGACUAUCAGUCCGGCCUCUUGAAGCCACGGAGCAAGUUGUAGUUGAAGACAUACGACAUUUUAGUGAAGAUCUCCUCCGCCUUUAUUUUGAGUAUGCAGGAGGGGACGUGGAAAAUGUUGUGCUGAAUGCAACGGAACAGUCUGUCAUCAUCACCUUUGAAGACCGUAAAGCUGUUCAGAAAAUCAUGAAGAAGAAGCAUCGCAUCAAGGAGGAAGAGAUCAAAGUUUAUCCUUUUUAUAAGUCUUUGGGAACAGCCCUCUAUGGAAAAGAUAGGCCCCCGCUAAAACUCCCUGCUGCUGUCUCUGAGUCCGUUGACGACGCUGUCUGGAGAUACCUAAAUGACAAUCAAUCGGCUGCAGAGACCAUUCAAAGUCAAAUGGCAAAAGACUUCUGCAGCGUAAACCUUGACCAAUGCGCUGUGUGCUUGAGCCCCCUAUCUUCCCUACUACAGGAAAAAGAUGCCAAAGACCUCGUCAAAAAAUGGCGAGAUACUGUGAAGUCUGCCUUUGCACAAGCUCUGUCAAAAUUCAAAUCCCUGAAGCUUCAGCCAGAGUCCGAGGCAUGGGAGGAGUCUGAGGGGAAGAUCAGAGAGACGCUACUGAAUGAGGAUGUGGUUGUAGUGCCUCAACCAGCCAGCGGUGUCAUAUCAGUGGCCGGUCUUGUGGCUGAUGUCAACAGACUGGAGCCAACUCUUUGUGAAGUCGUAAACAAGAUUGCCAAAAGGGUGCAGAGGGAGAAAUCGAGCGAGACCCAACUGAUCAAAAUGUCACCAUCAAUUCACCACAUCCUAAGUCAAGACGGUCUUAAGGACAAGCUGCUACAGGUGUACCCAGAACUCAAAAUAUCGUUUAGGAAAGAUAGUGCAGGUUUAGAAGUAACUGGCUUUUGGGACGAGAUCUCCACAGCAAGCAAAGUCAUAUUUGAUGCAAUUUUAGCACUAAAACGGCAGAAUUUGGAAAUAGAUAAGUACGUGCUUGACUCGUUGAAGGAUGCACAACAAGAGGAGCUGACAAACGCUCUCCUCACAUCCAAUGGAAUAAAUGUGGCAUUUGAGAUCAAUGCUCACAGGGUGCAGCUCAUUGCUGCUUCCGACAGCGAUCUGAGUGAUGCUGAAGACCAUCUGAAGAGGGUGCUAAUAUCUCAAAACAUUGACGUUGAAGACAGCAAUGUGCUCGCAAAGCCAGAGUGGCAGGAGCUGGUCGGUCAGUUAGAGGAUGCCGACAAUAACUCAUGCGGGAGAAUUCAAAUCCACACCGCUGGGCAACAAGUCGUGGUGUCUGGUCACAAGGACAGUAUCAAAACAGUUUGCAGUAAACUUGAUGACUUCCUGACGCAGAAUGCACAAGUUGAAGAAACCGUUGUGGUCAGGCCCAACACCACCGUUGACUACAUUAAAAAGCUUGACCUAUCUUGGUUGGAGCCAGUGGAAGACAGAGUUGUGGUGUCUUACAGAAUGGAGGCCAUCUGUCUAAGUGGUUCCAGAGUUGAUGUCGCAGAGUGCAAGGCCUUGUUUGAAAACCUGGUCUCUUCUGUGGUCUUUGAAACUUUAAAAAGCUCCAAGCCUGGAGUGAAGAAGUUAUUCAAAGACAAAGCAGACCUGUAUGUGUCCUCACUCUUUGUUAAAACCGGCUGCCUGGUCCAGCUGGUUGAUGGGACGAGUGGUAGACGGGCGUUUUUGGCCCAAAGACGAGCACCAAAGCCUGUGUAUCAGCUUCAGACAGCCGAUGGGGUGGAAAUAGCCAUUUGCAAGGCAGACAUGUGCAGCUACCCAGUGCAUGCAGUUGUCAAUGCCUCUAAUCCAAACUUGAAACAUGAUGGAGGUCUUUCAAAAGCACUUCUAAAUGCUGCCGGCCCCCAGUUUCAGGCAGAAUCUGACAAACUAGUGAACUUAAACGGGCAGCUCAAGCCCGGAGACUGUGUGGCAACUGGUGCGGGGGGGCAGCUUUGCUGCAAAAAGGUCAUCCAUGCAGUGGGACCCCAGUAUGAUUCAGCUAGACCCCAGAAGCCACUGGCGCUGUUGAAAAGAGCUAUUAAAGGAAGCUUGGAGCUCGCCGAGAAGCACGGCUGCGUCUCCGUGGCUCUGCCCGCCGUCAGCAGCAACCAAGGCUUUCCUCUCAAUGUGUGUGCGGCCACCAUCGUCAAAGCAGUGAAGGAGCACUGUGAGGACAAGUACGACGACAACACCCUGAGAAGGAUCCAUUUGGUGAACAACGACGACAGCGCCGUCCAGGCGAUGGAGGCAGCUGUCAGACAGGAGUUUGGAAAUCAUGGCGUCAGUCUUUCUCCGCAAACUCCCCUCACCAAGACCACAAAGUCUCCCCUUGUGACACCUGCUGCAUCUGACCCAAUCUGCUUGGGUCAAGUGCAGACCAAAGAGGGCUUGAGCGUCACUCUCACUAAAGGAAAUAUCGAGAAUGCAACGACGGACGUGACUGUCAAUAUUCUGGCUGAAGAUCUUGACCUGAACAGAGGGGCAGUUUCACAAGCCAUCUUGAGAGAGGCUGGAUCCAAACUUCAGCAGUCGGUAAAUGCAAAUCAUGCCACUGGGAAUAUCGGCGAGGUCAUCGUUACCGAGGGCUGCAAGCUGAAGAGCAAACAAGUCUUUCACGCAGUUGCGCCUCAUUGGGACAGUGGAAAAGGCACAGCUGACAAGCUCUUGAGUGGCAUUUUCAAGGACUGCUUGGGAAAGGCGGAGGACAACGGUCUGACCUCCAUAUCCUUCCCCGCCAUCGGCACUGGGAACCUGGGUUUCCCGAAAGAUCUUGCAGCAUCACUGAUGUUGGAUGAAAUCUUGGAGUUUAGCAGUAACAAACAACCUAAGCACCUGAAGAAGGUCGUGAUCAUCCUUUACUCACAAGAUGCGCAGACUAUCCAGAAUUUCAGUGAUGUGUUCACAAAGAAGUUCCCAACCGCCUCAGUGCCCACAAGUUCCCCACAAAGUCAAGGUCCCUUCACUAAAGUUGUCUCGAGCGCAGGAAUGCACGAGACCAAAAUGGGAAGUGUGGCUUUGCAGGUGCUCACGGGAGACAUAACCAAGGAGACCUCUGAUGUCGUCGUCAACUCCUCCAAUGAAAACUUCUCUCUCAAGUCAGGAGUAUCCAAGGCCAUUCUGGAUGAAGCGGGUCCGGCUGUAGAAGCGGAAUGCGCAACCCUUGGUGCCCAGCCCAACCCAGGCAUGAUAAUAACCCAGCCAGGCAACCUCAAGUGUAAGAAGAUCCUCCACCUAAUUGGACAGACGGACCCAGUCAAAAUCAAGAAGGGUGUGAAAGACUCACUGCAAAUGUGUGUGACCAACUCAUACACUUCUGUCUCAUUUCCUGCCAUCGGCACAGGUCAAGGCAACGUACAGGCGAAGCAGGUGGCGGACGCCAUGCUGGAUGCAGUGAUUGACGCGUUGAGCCAAAACACUCCCGGCCCCCUGAAGACAAUUCGAAUAGUCAUUUUCCAGCCGCCCAUGCUGAAAGACUUCUAUAACAGUAUGCACCAAAGGGAAGCCACUGACCCGAAAGAUAAAGGUGGGCUCUGGGGAAACAUCGGCUCCAAAAUCAAAUCAUUAUUUGUCAGGGGACCAAGUGGCGACAAGCCACAGAGAGAGGGGGAUUUUGUCAUCGAGGCUCUGAAAGUGGACCCUGCUUCCUUCCACAUCUGUGGCGAGUCGCAGGCCCGCGUGGACUUGGCCAAACAGCAGCUCGACCAACUGAUAACCCAAGAACAAAACAGCCUCUGCAUCCCAGACAACUCCAUCCUCGGAUUCUCCGAUGCGGACCACCAGCGCAUUGUUGACAUCCAGAAGACCAUGGACGUGACGAUAAGGACCGAGAGCAAGAACGCCCAGGCCUCGCUGACCAUCGACGGGCUCAGCAAGGACGUGCUCAGAGCCAGCCACGAGAUCCACGCGAUGCUGAGGUCGGCCAGAGAUAAGGACGAGCUAAAGAGGAGAGCAGAGCAGUCGGCCACAGUGGCAGACUGGCAGUACCAGCAGCCGGGGCUUCAGUUUAUGAGUUUCGAUUUAAUGGCCAACUUCAAGCUUGAGCAAGCUUUGGAAAAUAAGCUAGCGAGCGUAAAAGUUACAGUCCUAAGUCAUGACUACACCGUCACCAUGCCAAAGGGACCUGCAACUGAUAACCAGGGGCAAGUCCUACAGAUACAGCGCAUUGACAAACUGAAAGACGAAGACGCGUCUGAACACUGGGAUAAGAUGCCAGCCAACACCUCGAGUCUGGCCGUCCUCAUCAAGGUUGGGGCAGCGGAGCACACCGAAAUCCUCAAUCUGUUCCAGGCCACAUGCAACCAAACCGUUAUUAAGAUUGAGAGGAUCCAGAACCCCAUAUUGUGGAAGAGCUUACAGAUCAAGAAGCGCGACAUGGAGCAGAGAAACAAUCACCAAAACAACGAGAGGCGCCUCUUCCAUGGCACCAGCCACGACACCGUGGCCCACAUCAACGAGCACGGCUUCAACAGGAGCUACGCAGGAAAGAACGCUGCUUGUUACGGCAACGGCACCUACUUUGCCGUCGGCGCUGCCUAUUCAGCCCAUGACACCUAUUCCAAGCCCAAUCAAAGUGGGGAGAAGUGCAUGUACCUCUGUCGAGUGCUGACGGGGGAUUUCACUGUCGGAAAACAAGGCAUGAUCGCACCGCCGGCCAAGGGUGGCGCCGUCUCCAUUCAGAUAUACGACAGCGUCGUGGACCGCUUGGCCAACCCCACCAUGUUCGUGAUCUUCCACGACAGCCAGGCGUGUCCCGAAUAUUUGAUUACGUUCAAGUGACACAGCCAUGCACCGAGACAAACAAACGCCUAAUGCCCGACACUGCCUUACAGUAUUUAAUAACUGAUUCAUGUUUUUCUUCAGAUAUUUGGUUUAUACUUCCAAUUGGUGCACUAAUAUAAUAAUAGUCAUGUCCUUGUUUACAAGCAACCUGUAAUGACCACUAGGGUCAGUUAUGAAGAUAUUAAUACUCGGAUCCAUGUAGUGCCUUGAAAUAAUCUCUAUCGUGCUACGGAAUAAUUAUGCAAGGAGAAAUCAAAAGAAUGAAAAGAAAGGGUUGUCCAAACAUUCUGUCUGUUUGUUAUUGCUUUGUAAUUUCACUGAACCCUGCACACUGUUUGUGGCCCGUGGGCGGACGAUGGAAAGCACCUGCGCUGCUCCAGGAAAUGAUGGGAUGGUAAAAAGCUCAUCUGGCAUGCAUGUGUAGAUCAGGUCACCAAUCACUUUUGGUUUUGAAAGUGAAAGUUAACCGCUGUUCCAGUAAACCGGCCUGCACAAAUAAAAGUUAAUACAAGCACACUCAUGUGUCCAUUGCUUUCUGUAUAUUUAACACACAGCUAAUUGCUCCAUUUCUAUAUUUGUUUUCAGCUUUUGUCUAUUAUAGGAGCAUACAUGUUAAAAUUACUAGUUUUCACAUUUUGUUUUAUAGUCAUGUUUUGUUUGGUUUUCCUUUAACAAACAUAUUCCUUACAUACCUUUUGAAAGGUGGAAUUUGUCAAAUCUUUCCUAUUAUACCGUUACAUUUCUAUAUAUACAUACUGUAUAUAAACAUGACGCAGUUCAUCAUUCAGAUAAGAUAUUUGAUGUCACUCAAUGUCAAAUAAUGAGUUAACACUUUCCAUAUCCCCUCAUAAACCCCUCAGUUUACCUGUCAAAGUUAUUUAU